AUGCAGCCCCUGCGCAGUGGCGCACUCGCUUCGCCUCCCCUACAUCCCUCACUCACAAGCGCCGCGGCGGCAGAGCAGCUGGAUGCGCGACUGCGGCCAGGGAACGAACCAACAUCCCGGAUCGGUCUACAGUGCGACAGAAAGCGUGUCACAGGGGUUGCUUCCUCUGGUGAUGCAGGCGGUGGCGUUGAUAGUGACAACGCCCUCAUGCCUGCCAGCGUCAGCAGCUUCUGCUGCCCAGCUGCGCCCUCGGCACACAGCGGUGCUGAAGUGGGCACUCACCCGGUCCUGUCGGCCGAAGGGUCGAUUCCCUUGCCCCCCGCUGCUCAACCGAAGGAGCCUUUCCUUCCCGAUCACCCGCCGCCGCAGCGCCACAGACGGCAAUGGACACCGCGUCGCGGAUCACUGUGCACCGGCACACCCGCAGGUGGCAACGGUGGCGCGGUGGAGAGUGCUGUGACAACGGUGCGGGACUGGGUGCGCUCUGCCGGGUGCAGUCCGUCGAAGGAGCCUCGCAGCGCGUCCAUCUCGCGGAGAGACAGCCUCGCCUCAUCUUUCGCCUCCGCUCUGGUGCCACGAGAUGGGCUAUGGGAGCUGUCGCGUCAGUGGACCACCGGCGCAGACGGCGAUGACGGCGAAGAGCGCCAGAGGCACGCGGAGCUUGGUGCAAGGGCGGCAAAGGCUGGUAGCAGCAGCAGCGGCGGGAGCGCUGUGAACAGCGGGCGUGGCUGGGAUGGUGUCGAAAGUUGGAGUAGCAGUGAGGCGCAGCUUCAGCGGCCAGAGGGGUUCGAGCUGGCUGGCGCGCCGACAAGCCCUCAGCGGACGCCGUCGUGGCGUCAGCUCCACUCUCACCCAGCGACAACUGCGACCAUCACCUCGUCGAACAGCUCUGUUCCCGCCUCUCGUGGCAACGGCGACGGUGCUGCUGCUCCCGCCUGUAGCAGUGCGUACACGUUCUCCGCACGCAGCAGAAGCGGGCACAGCACAGGUACGUCCAGUCUCGCUGGUGGGAGCAGCGCCAGCGCCGCCACUGACUGCGGCACAGCAGCUACUCUACUGUCCGGGUGGGGGCCGAAUCGCCGCGGCGGUGACAGUGACGACGGGAGCUACGGAGAUCAACCGUCUCUGUCAGGGGUCUCGUCACCGUCCCUCGUCACACCACCGCCGAGCCGUCGCACGUCCGCUCCUGUCACCUCCACUUUGCAAGCCGACACUCGCAUGCUUUCGUCGUCGCCUGCCUUGACUGCACGCGAGCUUGCCCAGCUGGGAGAGUGGCGCAGCGUUACAGAGGCUCAACGAAGCGACUUUGUUUCCACAGCGGCUCCCACCGCUCUUUCACCGUUGCUGCAGCGACCCGCACCCGAGCGGACCGGCGGCGGUGGACCGGCGAGUUGGUGCUUAGAAAGCCUAUGCUGCGCGUCCUUCAACACUUCGCUGCCAAACGGAGUGUGGAGUGGCCGCAACAGCACCGCGCAGACACCACUGAAUUGGGAGCGGGGUGGCGCUGCGGUGGAAACUGGCGGAGCCUACGGCAGCUUCUGUGCAUCUCCUGCUUGUUGGAGCACCAGUGAGCUAGACGCGGGCGGCGAUGGUGCCCUGCUUGAGUGCCGUAGUGGAGGAUGGUGCAGCCGCCUAUCUUCUCCGAUGUCGGUCUCAAUCGCCGACAUGAACGGGCCGGCCUGUGCGCGACAGGGAAUGCCGCACCGCAGCUCUCUCACUUCCCCGCCGACGUCUCCGUCCUUUGUGCACCGGGUGCAAGGAACGGCCCACGGCUGCGGAAGUGACGGUGAUGACGGCACAAUGGAGGACAUCGAGAUGCGACACACGAAACGCAAGUGCACCGAGAGCCCACGCGGGUCCCCAUCGGCGACGCCUAUGAGCGGGUCCUUUGCAGUCUCCCUCGCCGAUGCGCUGGCAGCGGCGCCUACGUGCACGGCGAUGUCGCACGAGACGCACUUGUGGCAGCAACAGCAACGCCGCCUGAGGACCGUGUCGCCGUCUGUGGCCCGCCCAGACGAGGAGCCGCUGCCUUGUGACGGCGCGGACACGUACGCCUCGACGCACUACCGCGACCGUAGCACCUUCUCUCCCCCCUCACCCAUUCGAACCACGGCGCCAUCCAUGGUCCCGGUGCAUCCUCCACCGCUACUGGAUACUCCCAUCUCGUCGUCCCUGUUGGCCACCGGUGCGCGAGGGCGGCCGCACGACAUGAGCGGCGGCUCCCUACACGUCACCUCUGUCGAUGCUGCCGCGCCCGUCUUAGAGACUGCAGAUAGCAUCGCGGGAGUCGUCGUGGAGGUGGACGCUCAACACGCCGCGUCGCUCUCUAGCUGCGGCUCCGGCGGCAGCGGCGAGGAGCCUGAGGUAGACACGUUCUCGCUGGAGCGGGCGCAGGCAGCGAUGGAGGAUGCAGACGCCGAGGCUGCGAGCGCACUGCGUGCACGCCAGCAUCGCCUCUACCUCCUCUCCACCUCCCAGUUCGCCCAGGACUUCGAGCGGUACGGCGGCCACGUCGAUCCGGUGCAACUUGAGCUGGAGGCGGAGGCGGAACGCGAGGAGGAGGACGAGCAGGAGCGGAGGCGGGAAGGUCUUGCUAGGCGCUCUGCAGCGUUGGAGGGGUUUCCAGGGGCCUCAUGCGAGAUCUCUGCAGGACCGCGAGGUGGCAGAGCGACACGGCUGCGAUGGGAGAAAGAUGACGGCCCCCGCUCACGACAGAACGGAAUCGCAGCGAACGAGGAAGGCGAGGUGUCGUCGGCCCCGACAGCUGCGCGCAUUCCUCACCUCCCCAGUCCGCACCCUCCUCGUCCCUCCUCCUCGACUGUGUCUUACUCCACCCCGUCUGCGCACCCGGCGGCUCCCGUGGCGUCGGGUCGGGUGUGCAGCGAGGAAAGCCUUGCCACACCGUCGCGCCGCGGUGCGUGUGUCUCGGCCACAGCUGCCCAUGUGCGAUGGAGCGAGCCGGAGGAGAGCGAGGAUGGACACUCACCGGGCUCCGUAGCCACAACGACGGGCUCGCGGUCGCGCCAGGACGUGUCGCCACCAGUUCGGGAGCGCAGUAUGGCCCCAGCAGAGCUUCAGAAAGAGCGUGAGGGCUACUAG